AUGGACGCUAGAACAGAACCUGCCGGGAGCGAAGCGUCCGCCGUUGAUCUUCGAACGAAUUUGGAAUUUGUCGCAUCUACCCAACUGUCGCAGCGCGAUCCGACCAUCAAGCUUAUCGAUCUGGGUAUAUCAUCACUUACAGAUGAUACAAUUGAACUAUUGCUUUCAGUGGAACGACUUUCUUUGCAGAAAAACCAGCUGAUGGAGCUACCUGAAAGCUUUAGUAAACUGCGGGAGCUCAGAUAUCUUGAUCUGCAUAACAAUAAGCUGCGAGAGUUUCCUACAGUCCUAUUGCAGUGCCAGCGACUCGAGAUCUUAGAUCUUUCCUCAAACUCUAUCACACAACUGCCUCAUGCGUUCCCACAGACGUGGUGCGACAAUCUCCAGGUCCUUUCGCUCAAGAAUAAUAACGUAACGACAUUACGGGAACUUUAUCCCGCUGUAAUGUCGCUACGAAAUCUGAAGAUUUUGGAAGUAGAAGGCAACCCAAUUUUACAGGAAGAGCUCGAUCAGGUGAAGGCAGAAGUGCCGUUAUCCUCGCUUUUAGAUACUUCACAUGAAGAGUACUGGUGUGUUGCACUGCGAAAACAUUUCGAAGACGCAAAGAUCAGCAAAGCCGCGAAACGCCGUGGCUUUAUCAAUGUCUCGGAAGAACAAAACCGUCAGGAAGAGAUUCACAGCAACAACAAAUAUAAUGACUAUUUCAAGCGCCUCUCGGUCCUCCCGGAAGAAACGACAUCUCAACGGGUGUCCCACGAUGAAUUAUUAGUGGCCUGUCGAAAACUUCUGUUCUGCUUCACAGAAUGUCAACAAAGUAUACGAAAGAUAACUUCUUUUUGUGAAGACAAGGCUGUUGCUGUAAACGCCAUUUCCUUACUCUACAAUGUUAGAUCCCAUAUUGACAACCUUGUAGAGCUUCUUGAGCAAAGUGAAAACCCAACUUCUACAAAAAAUGGUGUGAUGAUUCAGCUUUGUCUCACAAUAAUCACAACUUUCAAGCAAGUCUUCAUUUUGCUUCGCAAGCAUUUUAGAGCAUUUUUCCAAGGAAACGAUAUAUGUUUUGCAAGAAUGUUUUACAUGAAUUUGCUUUGUUCUUACACGGAGAUGUUCAAUGCUUGGAAUCUAAUCACUCCUCAUACCAAUUUGGCUAACGCCAGGCGAAGGGUAACCAGAACGCAUUCUCUGAGCACCUCACAUGGCUAUAAACAUAUACCACGCGCUCGGAGCAACACCUUACAAAGAUCCGUCACAUCAAACGCACCUUUGCCCGCAACUUCACCUCUGCCACAACCUGCCGGUCACAGGUCGGCCAAUGUAUCGGUUAUGACAACUCCACCUCCCGCGCAGAGCAGUGUUGGAGGUGAACUAAGAUCAGAUAACGAAGGAUCACCGAGGAUGAAAACAGAGGCAUCGCAGCAUUCACCACAGGCCGCAAGAAGAGCCGCCACUGACAUACCCACUUCAAGCGGGACGCCCAUUAUUCCAGGAAGUACAUCUUCGAAACCUUCGCUUGACGAAAAUUCCGAUACUGAUGUUGAUUCACAGCUUUACCACACACUAGAGUCAGUGAUCACGAUGGUCAACGUGGUUUAUGCUCAACUCACGUCUGCUAUAACGAAAAGUGCUAUCGCUAGCACGAAAAGCGCUGAGUCCUCGAGCAUCACAAGUAGCAUCGCAGCCAAAAUCAAGGACCUUACCGAUACGUGCUAUCAGUCGAAGGAACUUUCAAAGAUGUUGAAAGAAAGGUUGUCGCUCAUUUAUGAAAGUGCGUCGGAUGAUUUCUCGGGCGCAAAGGAGAAGGUCAAAACCUGGGAACAUAUCAACGCAUUUUUGAAGUCCAUCAUCUCUAUUCUGGCAAAUACAAAAAUCAUCAUGAAGGAUUUGCCCAUUUUGCAUGAAGUGAGACCAAAUCUAGCAUCUCUGGCGAAGGUUACAAAAGAUGUCACAGUUAUAUUGGACUUGAGUUCGUAUAGAAGUGUUUCACAGGCAGCACAGCAACAGCAACAGCAACAACUUGCGGAGCCUUCUCUUGCUAAACAGCAGCACACCCAUUCACAGGCUUCGAUAGCCACAGAGGAGCCCUCAAAUCCUCCAAUGGUGACUCCGCUGUCCACUCCCUCCUUGGUCACUGUGCAUGCUACAAAUCCUUUUGACCAAUUCUAA